AUGUCCAAUCGAGUGUUUGACAAUUCAGAAAACCGCAAUGUCAUACAAGGGUUUAACAAAAAUGCUCAGCAACAACACAAACAACACAAACAACAACUGCUCAAUCAGAAUUCAAAGCUAAAGCAAGAUUUCAAAAAGAGACCUAUUCAAACAUUUGCCCGUGUUCCACUAGGUGGGAAAGACCAGAAUACAAAUUCUAUAUCACUCAAUCGCUCGAAAUCGAGUCUAACGUCGACUAAAUUUAAUCCACCAAGAUUAACAAAGUCCAAUUCAAGUUUGGGAAUCCCAGCUGUCUCCGUGUUACAAGAUGAUGUAGCUAUUUCUGCACCUGUAUCUUUAUCUUCAUCUUCAGCAUCAGCUUCAACCUCAUCUAUACCUUCAACUUCAUCUACUCGUGUACCAGCAACAUCAUUUGCACAUUCUCAUGUUCCUAUUCUGACGGAGAAAUCAAAGAAAAGAGUGCUAUUAGAGGCUUUACCCGAGCACUUGAACAUGGCUUCACCCAAAAGGUCCAAAGAAGAAAACUUUACGGAUUCAUUGAUGAAAUUAGAAAUACCUGAGAAGCCGCCAGUUGGUAGAGGACAUCAACUUGUAUUUUCGCUGCAAACUGAUAAGCUUCAUGCUAGACAUGUGAUUGAUAGAAAUGUUAAUAAUAUGGAUCCAAUGAAACGAGAUCUACUGAACAACAAGAGCAGAAAUGACAUUAUAGAUGAAUUGGUUGAACUUCAUUGGAGAGAUCCAAUUGAGACUAUACCAGAGCAACGACCGGGACUGGUAGAAGAACGAGAAGAGAUAUAUCCAAGUUUAUUUGAUGAACUGGAAUUGCAAUUUUUCUCUACUCCAAACAUAGUCAAUGAAGGCGAUUACAAAGAUGAGUACAAAGAUAAGUAUGAUUCUGGUGACCUCACUAUUGAUGUGGAUUAUGAGGACGAUAUUGGAUUGAAUGAUGAAGAUUUGCGUAACUUGCUAGAUUAA